CUUGAAUCUCGCCUUGUAUUACCCCAAAAUCUGGUUCUUUAUCGUGAUUUCGUUGGUCUUCCCAGGUUUCUACCGUAUACCACCCUUUUUUAUUUUGUCCAAGGAUACUUUAAUUGUCGAGAACAUAAACUGAAACCAUUUAUGCAACUUAAUCUACGAUAAUCCGACAUCCUCCCUUUUGGUUACCUCGAGCCUCCAUCUUUAGAUAUCCGUAAUGGCUGAUUUACAACAACCUUCUCCGACAAAGCGGAAACUCCCGUUCAAGCGCACAGCUAGACGUAAAUCCGCCGAGGCAGGUGACAACGAUGGCCUCUCUCUUUUCAGUCGCUCAGGCGUAUUCUUCGAAGAACAGCAAAGGCUCGCUAAAGAAAAGGCGGAAAAGGAAAAGGCACAGAAGGCUGCAAGAGAAGCUAAAGAGGAACAAGAAAGACGGGAGCGAUUAGCUAGGCAGCGUGAAGCGGAAAAGGAUACGCCGAAUAGAAAGCACACCCGCGAGCCGGAAUCUCCCAAAAAACGCCGUCGCGUCUCACGUCCGAGCGAAGAGAAGGUCAAAAACAGCGAUGAUGAGGAUAUAUUCGACUACAAAUCAACUAAGAAACAAAAGUCGCCUUCCGUGCCCUUCACACCCGAUUACAGGCGAGAAGAUUCGCUUGUGACAAGUAACAGAGGGUCCGAAGGACUAAGAAAGCAUGGCACACGCUCCCAAUCGGUGAAUGUUGGCGCCCCCGUGAUCUCCUUAGACGAUGAUGAUGAUGACGAUCCAGCUUUCAUACAAUCACCAACGAAGCACGCUGUGCAUUCGCAUAAGGAUGCUGACCAGGGUUUAGUUUCACUGGAGGAUGAUGGCGAUUUUCCAGCCGAGGACACUAAAGAAGAAAGAAAGGACGAAGAAGAGGACCCCUCCGAGUAUUAUGUUAGGCUCGCAAUGGAACGGGCGCAAAAGGCCAAGGAAGAACAGGAAGCAAGGCGGAGGGCAGGCAGCAAUUCGUUAGAGGAUGAAAAUGAUCCAGCUGUACAGAUUCUUAUUCAUUCUCAACUAGACGGGGUCUAUACACUGAUGUUCCGGCGAAAGUUGUCCCAGAAAUUAACAAUAGUUUACCAGACGUGGAUCGAGCAACAAGUUGCCAAGCAUAGUGUUGUGCCUCGUUCUGUCUUAGAGACUAUGUUUUUUACCUGGAAGGGAAAUAAGGUGUAUCCGCACACGACUCUCCAGACAUUAGGCAUUAAACCGGAGCGCGAUGGUACGCUAUAUCCAAGCUGGAAAGGGGACCAAGAAGGAUAUCAGGGGCGAGAUAAGGUGUACUUCGAAGCUUGGACGCAGGGGCUUUACGAGGAGUUCUUGGAAGAAAAGGACAAGCAGCGACUGCGUGAUCUUGGAGAGUUGAUAGAUGACGAACCCGAAGAGAAGGCGGAGGUGGAGCAACCACAAAAUUCGCAGGGUGAGCAGAAGGUUCGUGUACUCUUCAAACCGAAAGAUCAGCAGCCCACGAAAGCUACCGUACGCCCCAGUACUACUGCCGCCCAACUGAUCAAGUUAUAUCGGCGACUUGCAAAUAUUCCAGAAAAUAAGACGAUCGAACUUCGCUGGGAUGGCGAGGUCUUGGACGCCGAAACCACCGUGGAAGAAGCGGAGAUUGAAGAUAUGGACUCACUUGAGGUCCAUAUCAAGUAAAGCGGCAAGGGACUAAUAUAUAGUUUUUAUAUCCUUGCAGAAGAAGCACUAAAUCUUAGUAUUUAUCACCGAUCAAGGUAGGAGAGGCAUGCCCGAUGAUCAACGGUCGCCCGUCACGAAACAUUUUUCAGCAUAUAGCCCAUGAUACCCAUGAUAUUCCUAGAGGCUUGCUCAGUGGCUCUACCAAGAGACACAACUUCAUAUAUGUCACGUAAUCUAUGAAGUACGAAUAAACCUGCUUUGACUCCAGACCAGAACGCCGUCCCAUGAGAUGUAUAAAUUGACCCCGAAAUUAGAACCUCUCCUUCAUCCGCGAAGACACCGUGCGUAAAUUGUUGUAAACCUUGCCGGGAGGCUUACCCAGUAUAAGACUCACUAUAGAUUCACGGGCUAUGUGGAUAUUCUUAAAUCCUAUAUUCCAAUACGUUAGCAAGGUUCAUCAGCCGGCUACUUUGAAGACGUAAGAGCCCCGAAACGAAAAGCGUCCUCCCCUUUCUUUUUCUUUUCCCUUUUUUUUUCUUACGUACCUCCCAGGAUGUGAAUCUUAGA